AUGGCAAGACCUCCACAAUCUCUCAAAACCCUCUUCCUCUGCCACCAAAACCAUCGCUCCAUCCAAAACCCUAACCCCCAAAUCCGAAACCUCAGCCUCAGCAAUGGCGGCGAAGAAUUUCUUCAGACCCAUCAACAGCCGAAGACCCAGAGCUUAACCCAGAUCGCCAAAGAAGUUUCGAGGGUCAUUCGGACUCAACCCAGAUGGGAACAAACUCUACUCUCAGAUUUUCUUUCAAUCAAUCUCUUCGAUCCUAACUUUUUUAUUGAGCUUUGGAAGCAGCAAAACAAUGUGCUUCUUUCUCUCCGUUUCUAUCUUUGGCUAAGCUCUCAACGUAGCUUUAUACCGGAUAAAUUGGCGUGUGAUGUGAUUUUUGAUGGUCUUGUAGAAGCUAAAGCUGCCAAUGCUGCAAAAUCAUUUUUCACUUCUGUAGAUUUUACUCCUCAACCUGGUUCUUUAAAGGCUUAUGUUAGAUGUCUGUGUGAAAAUGGGUCAAUUGAGAAAGCACUGAAGGUGUUUGAUGAAUUGCAAAAGCUAGUUAUUUGCCCGUUGUUAGAAACAUGGAAUUCGGCUUUGUUGGGUUCGGUUAGAUCUAGGCGAACCGAUGUUGUUUGGAAGUUGUAUGAAGAAAUGAUGUGUAGUGGUGUUGCAGGAGAUGUAGAUACAGUUGAGUAUUUGAUUCAAGCUUUUUGUAUUGAUAACAAUGUUUCGAAAGGUUUUGGGCUACUUAGGCAAGUUUUGGAAGAUGGGUUUGUUCCCAGUAAUGUUGCUUUUAAUAAAUUGAUAUCUGGAUUUUGCAAGGAUAGAUACUAUUCGAGAGUGUCUGCUCUCCUUCAUACUAUGAUUGCAAAGAACCGACGCCCUGAUAUCUUUACGUAUUAG